AUUAAACUCUUCCCGCCGUUUGAUCUUAUUUUUACGACAUCAGUGGGAUGAAAGAAGCUCCAGUACAAAUUAUGUUUGGCUAUUUGUGAUAAGAAAGGUUGGAAGCAUGUAGAAGUCGUAAAUAUUCUUUCCCUUUGACAUCUUUUAGUACAGAUAUAUAUGUCUACAAGAUUUGUUAAAAUUCCAGGAAUAUUUUGACUACAAAAAAUACCACUAAACUGUAUCGAACUUGGUAAAGUCCAAAACAGGCAAACAGAAUUAACUAAAUCUAAAAGCGGUUAAAGAUUAGUUUCUCUAUGUGAUUAUAGUAGGAAGCAUUGUCACUGUCUAUAAAUACCCACUGAUCUUGUUGUGGCUACACACCUCAUCAAACUAUCUUCUUCUGGUUCUUCAUCAUCUUCUUUCAAACACUAAUUAGUCUUAACUCUUAAUAAAUGGAAGGUAAAGGUAAACUCGGAUCAUCAUCUUCUUCCUUCACUACUCAUCUCUUUGGCCCCAAGGAACCUGCUUCCUCCUCCAACUUCAACUCCAUCUUCCCUCCUCCCUCAAAGGGAACAACAGGAAACAUGAUCAUAUUAAGCUCCAAACAUGGGUCCCUAGGCCAACGCAAUGAAUCUUCAACCUGCAAUCUGAGUUCAUCUCUCUACUACGGUGGUCAAGACGUUUACUCUGGAUCCACAAGCAAUCAUACUUACCCUACCGUUAACAAGUCUCAGAACAGAGGAGACGAUGUGGCUAGUGGAAACAACUCGAUGGACGCAUCCAGAGGAAACUGGUGGCAAGGUUCACUCUACUAUUAGAAUCUUUCUUUACAAAGCAUCAAGAACCAUCAACUGGAAACAUAAUGCUUUCGGUCGUAUUUUACCAUCAUUUGACUUGUUGGAAAGAAACUGUAUCACCGAUGUUUGUUAGUGUAAUUCAGCAAGAAACAGAGUAUUUAACUUAAGAAGCAAAGCUACUUAAAAAAAAAAAAAAAAAGCAAAGCUACUGCAAUUUUCUCUAUUUUUGAAACUGAAGCAAUAAAAAAGAAC